CUGAAUCCCAAAUGCAUUUCAAGUGGACACCUAGGGCACUACAUAGGGUGUGUAAACCAUUAUUGUACUCCCUAUAUAUUGCACUUGUAUAAGGAAGACGGAGUAAUUUGGGGUUUGUCCCAGAUUUGUGGUCAAACGAGAUGCAUGAGGAAGUAAACGUACAGUGGUAUCCAUGGCAACGUUGGAACGUGAACGGCCAAUCAGGAGGUGUAUGCUCUUCUCCAUAGUGAUGCGGAACGCCAUCUUAAGUUUCAGCGGGGGGUCUCCGGGAUGCAUUUUGUUUUUACCACCCGUAUUCCCGCCGUAAGUCCCGCCUUCCUUCGCAAGGGAUUGGAUAGUGGCCCCAAAUAUUUCUGCCCUCCGAUUGGCUAAUAGUUCAUGAGCGUAAAAUAUCAGCUAAUGAUAGAGCAGGAGGGCGGGGUUGGUCAGAAUACGGUUGGGGACAGAAAAAUCUUCGAGUUUUUUUUAGUAGCAACGUAGCUAGCUAGCUGGCUGUAGAGAAAGCACAAAACCGAGGGUGGGAAAAAAACCAAACAUCAGAACCAUGAGCAGCCAGAGCUCCCGAAACGAGACGACAGCUGCGGUGAACGGUCCCGACCCGGCCGCGGCGAGCUCCAGAGAGCGGAAACACGGCGGCGGGGUGGUGAAGAGGCUGAAAUCUCGGCGGAGCGCGGCGGAGCGGCGGCCCGUGACCGAGGACGAGCUGCGGGCUUCAGGCAGAGCCAUCACCCCGGAGGAAGUGCUCGCGCUCCGGACUGUCACGCGCGACUACCUCUGCAAACCCGAGGACAACGUCUACAGCAUCGACUUCACGCGCUUUAAGAUCCGAGACCUGGAGACGGGCACCGUGCUGUUCGAGAUCGCCAAACCUCCUCACUGCGAUGUUGAUGAUGAAGAUGAAGAAAGUGUCGAUGUAGACACGAGCACCGGCCGAUUCGUUCGCUAUCAGUUCACACCGGCGUUUCUUAAACUUCGCACAGUUGGAGCCACCGUGGAGUUUACCGUAGGAGAUCGGCCCGUGAAUAAUUUCCGGAUGAUCGAGCGUCAUUAUUUUCAGGAGCGUCUGCUGAAGAACUUUGAUUUUGACUUUGGCUUCUGCAUACCGAACAGCCGCAACACGUGCGAGCACAUCUACGAGUUCCCCCAGCUCCCGGACGAGCUCAUCCGUCAGAUGGUGGAUCACCCGUACGAGACUCGCUCAGACAGCUUCUACUUCGUGGACAACAAACUGAUCAUGCACAACAAAGCAGACUACGCUUACAACGGGGGCCAAUGAUGCUGCUGAGCCACGACCAGGUCACGCUCGGGGGGGUGUGAGUGUGUGUGAGUGUGUGUGAGUGUGUGUGAGUGUGUGUGAGUGUGUGUGAGUGUGUGUGAGUGUGUGUGAGUGUGUGAUGUCAUCAUUCCAUUCCUUCACCACAGCCAUCGUCACACCUCAUGGACUUCUGCUGAAGAAAGGAUCUCUUUCCUCCGUCGUUAUUCUGAGUAUAAAACCCCUUCCUUUCCAUCAGCUCGUAUUUUUCCAGAAGUUUCGUUCCAUCUGUUGAUUAUAAACAUGAAAGUGUACCAAAAAAACCCUCUACAACGUACCAGACAGAUACAGAGGAGUUAUAAUACACUACAUACAGACGGAGUUCUGACUUCAGCCCGGAGGUGUUGAUUCAUUUUCUCUAACAGCAGCUUUGUACUUUUCUCAUCUUCAGUUUACGCUGUUUUUCUGUUCCUUUUAUAAAAAGAGCGGCAGGCGAGAGAACAGGAGUUUGUUUCACUGACAUCCCGUGGCAUUAAAUUGACCUAAAAACGGAUAAAACAAAUAGAAUCUGGUGUUCUUUAAUGAAUAUAAAUUGCGCAUUUCUCACAAAUCGUUAAAUGCUAAAGAUAAACAUUAACGUUUACGCUCGAGAACGUGAUUCCAGUCUGUAUCCACUGUCAUGCGUCAUAAACGCUGGUUUACGGUUACGAUUUGUUUACUUGGUGGUGAUUAAAGCGGCGGUGUGUAAUGUUCAGCGCCCUCUGUUGUGUGUGAGGUGAACUACAGUUGUAAUAAAAACACUGAAGAGUCGCUUUUCUUUAUCCACCUACUUUCCUCUGUUCACUCCGUAUGUCAUGCGAAUUGCCUUUUAAGGGAGAAAGGGGUGGGGCUGAUCGGAUCUGGUUCAUCUGGAGGCGGGGCUUGUUGAAGCGAAAAUUAACCAAAAUACGAUUCUGCAUCUCUGGAAUUGUGUGUUUAUUUCAAAUUGAGAAAUGUUUACGUUUUAAAAUAUACACAAAAAAAGUAAAUAAAAUAAUUUAUUUUUCUAUUAUUUUGAAAAAUACUUCAAAGCUAAUUCAGAAAUAGUCAAAAUGGCGCCAUCUUGUGUUCAGACUAGAAAUUAUUAAUUAAUUGCAUAAUGUUCUUUAAGAUUAUAAAUGAAGAAAUUAAAAUGCUGUACUCUUUGGACACAUUUUGAAAGAGUCAUAAAUAAUGGCACCCCAAGAGUAUCUCUUAGAUGUUGAAUGAAGAACGUAUGCAGUGUGUGUGUGUGUCUGUGUGAGUGUGUGUUAACUUCUCUGUAUUGGUCUGGUUUCUUACAUGGUGAUGAGGAGAAAAUGAAUAAUAAUCAAAUCCGAGGUGUGAUUCGUGUAAUUAGCGUCGCUCCAGGAUGCAGAGUCAGGAUGAUGAUGAUGAUCCUGAAAUCAGUCAGAGAGAAAAAAUCAGCUGGAACGUCAUUAACACUGUGUGUUAGGAGUGUGUUACUGUCUGAAUGACGGGUGUUCAGAUGGAUAUACGACCCCCUGAGUGGUGUGUGUGUGUGUGUUUGUGUGUGUGCGAGAGAGAGAGAGAGAGAGAGCUCCAUGUGUGUGUGAUGUGUCUGAGUGUACUCACCAUCACACACACCUGUCUCCGUCGUUCAGCAGUUCUUUAGUUCGUGUCAUAGCAGGAUGUUAUUCUUCUGAAACACAGAAAAACGUCCAGAAUAUCGCACAAUUUGCUCUUUUUUCUUUCACCAGGAACUCGCUGAUGAUCAUCACAGACGACUUAUCACAAUAUUGUACAGUCAGGAUUAUUGUUAUUAUUAUUAUUAUUAUUAUUAUUAUUGUAGGAUUAUUAUUAUUAUUAUUAUUAUAAUUAUAGGAUUAUUAUUGAGGACACGAGCUUCAUGUACGGUUAAAAUACUGAGCAGAUGAACACGAAGACUUUUUAACAAAUCUAAUCAUGAGGCGGUUUUGUAAACAGAGAUAAACGUCACAGGAUUAUCGUAAUGGGAAAAUUCUUUAUUGACGCUAAUUGUGAUUAUAAAAUUCUCAGAUCAGAUCUUGGCUCCGCCCACUUGGCUCACGAUCUGUAGUUUGUUUCCCAAACAGAACGAUAUUUUAUUUGGUUUUGUUUUUUUGGGAAAUGGAUUAUUAUCUCAUUAAAGACAAAUAAAACAAAAAUAAAAUCUUUUCUUAUUCCAGUCGCUCGAGAUGUGAAUGCGUGCCCGUCAUUUAUUCAGUUCCGAGUUCAUUAAAUUCUCCUCAUGUUUUGGUUGAUUUGUUCCUCUCCUGCGCAGUGAUGUCUUGUACUGUAUUUCACAAUAUUCUCUUAAAUAUGGGUCCAAAACUGAUCUUUUUUAAAGGGGGAGUUUUUAAUAUUUACAUACGUUUUAAAAAUAUAUUCUGAAAUAUUUCUCUUCCGUAUGUGCAGUCCAUGAUGAUGACGAUGAUCGAAUAUUGUGAUAUAUUGUGUACCUGAUUAUCAGCGCGUGUUCCAGCGUGUAAAGUUCCAGCGUCUGAAUGAGAUUAUACAGAUUAUUAUAAAUCCGUAAUAAAUUCUAAACACAUUCCAGACGUACGAGCCAUUAAAUCGUUUUAUUCCUGACGUUGACCGUUUUUAAUCCUCACGUUACUGAACCAACACUUUAAAGUGUUUUGUUUGUAUUUUUCACGUUUAUAAAGAAACCCCGGUGAUGUUUGGUUGCCAUGGCGCCCGGUGAGAAGCCGAGUCACGUUUCGUCCAGUGGAUAAGCUGGUUCUGUUUGUGUUACUGAGUUCUGUACAAUGUGUUCAACUGGAAACAUGUUUUAUAUACGUUAUUUUAUUUUAUUUUGUGCUAGUUUCUCUUGUUGUUGUUGUUGUUGAUGAUGAUGAUGAUGAUGAUGAUGAUGAAGCCUGUAUCAGGACUGAACUGAAAAUAUCACAAAACUCCCCUAAAAAUCCCAGCAGAGAUAACAAACAAGCAGAAAUCUACAAUCCAAACGUCUUUAUUUUUAAAAACUGUUCAGAUGAUAGAAGACCGGUGUAUGUGAGAUGUUUUCAGGGUCACGUGUCGAUGAUUAGACGUGAGAUUACGGACCGUUUGAUGCCUUACAGUAGAUCAGAUUGUGAGCUGGAUCGGGGGAAAAGACACUAAACUGUUUCUGAAAUUCUGUCGGACUGAAAUGAUGUGUUUCUGAUUAUAGUUUUGAAAAGAUUGUAUUAUAGACGAGAGAAAUUUAGAAGUUCGUUUGUCAUCAGUUUCCUUCCGUGUGAAUUCUAGUUGUUUCUAAUAAAUGAAGGAAAAUAAAACAUUUCAUUAAAAAGA